CUGAUGUGUGGGCUGGCGCGUGUUCAGCAGGAAUAUUGGCUCAGUUGGAGAACGGAGGUAUAACGCGGAUAAAAUAGGUCUCUGCUUUCUGAAGACAAACAAGAGCUCCCCUUUUUCGAUCUACCAGCACAACUGGGUUUUCAGCUAGCCACCAUUGCAUUAUGUCUGCUCUUCUGAACCGCUUGUGCCAUGUUGGAUUCCAUGUCCAUGAGGGACAACAGUUGGUCAGCAACCUGGUACACAAGUUUGGCUUUGAGUUGUUUGCUUCACGAAUUGCAGAAUGGAGCAGGCAGCUGGCUGUCCGAAGAGGAGAUGUGGUUUUCCUUGUCAAUGAAAAGCUGAAGCCAGUAGGGGGAGAAGUUCCACCUGUAUCAUCUUGUGGCAACUGUAAGGAUAAAGGGAUCCUUUAUGAUGUGGAUCUGCAGCAUAUAGUCAGUACAGCAUCCAAUAUUUGCUUUGAGACAGAGGAUGUACCUGGCAUUUCCCAAAGUCUACAGGAACGAGGCUGCCAGAUUCUCAUCCCACCAACCACUGUAACAGAUGAAGUGGGGCAUGUUACUUACUCUGUGGUGAGAUCCAUCGUGGGCAAUGUCAGCCACACACUGCUUGACCGAUCGGAGUACUGUGGCCCAUUCCUGCCAGGGUUCCAUGUUGUGGAGGGUGCCCCCAAGAAGUUCCAGGAGCCCAGGGAAGUCAUGCGCUUUGAUCACAUCACCUAUGCUUGUCCUCAAGGUACUUCACAAGCAGUGCUGAAUUGGUACAAGCACUGUUUUGGCUUUCACCGCUUCCUUAUUCAUCAGCGAGACAAUGCUGCUGAAGGCUACAGAAUCCAGGGGGCUGGAGUGGGCCUUCGUCUUACUGCCAUGCAAUACAAUGGAAAUGGCUUUACUUCACCUGAUCAUGACUGCAAAUUUGUUCUGGCUGAGUCAUUGCCAGAGCACGGGAACAACCAGGUCGAUACUUUCUUAAAGCAGCAUGGUGGAGCUGGCAUCCAGCAUGUGGCACUGUACACCAAAGACAUUGUGGGUACCGCUGCAACCAUGAUAAAGUCUGGGGUGAAUUUUUUCAAACCACCUUCAUCUUAUUACAAUCAGAAAAAUAAGGAACAGGAGAUAUGGCGAGCUGGGCAGGAUCUUCAGUUCUUGAAGGACAAUGGCAUCCUUUUGGAUGCUGAGGUAGAUGGGGAAGGAAGCAGCAGCAGCCCUGGCUUUCAUAGGAAGCCAUAUCUGAUGCAAAUCUUCACUGAGCCUCUCUUCACAGAGGAGACUUUCUUUCUGGAACUUAUACAGCGAUGCAGGGCUAGAGGUUUUGGUGAGGGAAAUGUCCGUGCUCUCUGGCAAUCUGUGCAAGACCAUAUGGACCAGCAGUAGUUAUGAGCUCAAGCAUUCUAUUAUAUGAGAUACGAGCUCAGUGUAUGCAUUAGACUUGUGGUGUGGGUGCUGCUCCAAGCUUCCUCCUGUGGGGUUGGUUCUCAUGUAAUGCACAAGUGUUCUGACCUAGAUUGCAUACAGACACUCCUGUAAAAAUAUCCUUUGAAUUGGAUGCAUCAUCUCUGUAGAAUGUGUGUAUAUUUCUGAUGUGAGCUAAAUAUAGCAAAGAAGCAUUGCAACAGCAGCCUCAGCUCAAACACAUGUGUAUAGAUUUUUUAUUUAUUUUAUUUAUAUUGUGAUUUAUAUCCUGCCUUUUUCCUACAAAG